AUGUAUCAGGAGAAUGAAGUCGGGGCUAAAUUGGAGAAGAAUAAAUUUGAGGCUUCCAUCAGUGAAUUGAAGAAAAAAACUUUCGUGUCAUUUACAGAAAUUGAAAAUUAUGGAGAAAGCGGGGUUACCCCAGAGUACCUAGAAGCCCAUCGCCGCUCUCUCGAUGACCCGGAAGAUUUUUGGGGACAUGUCGCACAAGAGUUAGAGUGGACCAAGCCUUGGGAGCGAGUUAUUGAUAAUAGCAACCCACCUUUUACUAAAUGGUGGGUAGGAGGUGAAAUGUCAGUGUGUCACAACGCAGUAGACCGUCAUGUGGCAGCCGGCAAAGGAGAGCAGCUAGCGUUAGUCCAUGACUCUCCAUUGACUGACACAGUCAGGAAGAUCACAUACUCCGAGGUUAAAGAACAGGUGUCUCGGCUGGCCGGUAAACUUGCAGAGCUCGGAGUGACGAGAGGAUCCCGCGUGCUCAUCUAUAUGCCUCUAAUUCCUGAGGCUAUAUUUGCAAUGCUGGCGACUAACAGAAUAGGAGCAAUUCACUCGGUCGUAUUUGGAGGUUUCGCUGCUCGAGAGCUCCGUACCAGAAUCGAGCAUGCUGAGCCAACAGUAAUUAUUGCAGCCAGCUGUGGAGUAGAACCUAAUAAAAUCGUCAGAUACAAGGACAUCUUGGACGAAGCACUCUGUCAGUCAGGACAUCAGCCGACGAAAUGUAUCAUCUACCAGCGCCGUAGGGUACUGGAAUGUGUCUUGGAGCCAGGGAGGGACAUAUCCUGGGAGGAAGCUUUGGAAGCGGAACCUGUACCCUGCGUUCCUGUAGAAGCAAAUGAACCUCUUUAUAUAUUGUAUACUUCUGGAACUACAAGCGCCCCAAAAGGCGUCCAGAGACCUUGUGGCCAUGCUGCAAUACUCUGUUGGACAAUGCGAACUGUAUACGGCCUGAAAAAAGGAGUGUGGUGGGCUGCUUCAGACCUUGGAUGGGUGGUUGGGCACUCAUACAUUUGCUAUGGACCCCUACUUGCAGGAAUAACGUCUGUACUUUACGAAGGGAAGCCGGACAGGACUCCUGAUCCGGGACAAUAUUUCAGAAUUAUUGAACAGCACCGAGUCAAUGCACUCUUCACAAUCCCCACGGCAUGCCGAGUUCUGAAGAGAGCCGAUCCCAACGCUAAGUACGCUAGGAGAUAUUGCAGCAAAUCUUUGAAGACUAUCUUCAUGGCUGGUGAACAUUGUGAUCAAGACAUACGGCAAUGGGCCGAGCGUAUCUUUGGUGUCCCAGUACUGAACCACUAUUGGCAGACAGAAUCAGGGUCACCGAUUACAGCCGCAUGUCUGGGAUACGGCGUGAAGGCGGUGCCACCACAUUCUGCAGGGUAUGCAGUACCUGGAUAUGAUAUUCGGGCUCUGCGGGAAGAUGGACAAGAAUGUCAGGCAGGGGAAGUGGGAAGGCUAGUUGCGAAGCUGCCCUUGCCGCCUGGGUUCGCGUCCACGCUGUGGCAAGCCGACUCUCGUUAUAAAGAAACAUAUUUCGAGUCUUAUCCGGGUUACUAUGAUACGCAAGAUGCAGGAUGGAUUAGCACCGAGGGUGCGGUGUGGGUAGUGUCUAGGGCUGAUGACGUCAUCAAUGUGGCAGGCCACCGACUCUCAACAGCGGCUCUAGAGGAUGUAGUGCUAAGACACGCGAGAGUUGCUGACGCAGUGGUAGUUGGUGCACCGGAUCCUACCAAGGGAGAUGUUCCUUUAUGUCUCUACGUGAUGAGGCCUCCGCAAGACAACGAAGAAAUAGUAGCAGAAAGCACAGUGACUCAAGAGCUGAUUGCAUUGGUUCGUCACCUGAUUGGUCCCAUAGCAGCUUUCAGAAAAGCAAUUGCGGUCCCAGCCCUACCCCGUACGAGGUCUGGAAAGGCUCUUCGAGGAGCCAUCGCCAAAUUAGCAAGAAGCCAACUUAUAAAACUUCCAUCCACAAUUGAAGACCCAACCGUCUUCGGUGAAAUAAAAACCGCUUUACAAAAAUGCGGAUAUGCUGUCGACGCUCCUGAUCCAGAGCUAUAA